GUUACACAACAUAUACACAUAUCAUCAACUUUCCACACCUGUGGAUAUCUCACACUACAUCAGAAGCUAGUAUGCACAUGAAAAACUUUCUCAAAACAUUUUUACAAAAAGGUGUGGAUCACUGGCCAAAAUCCCGAGUAGUCGUCCAAGCACAGAAUAGUUGAAGACCAUACCUCAUCUUGCCUUCAACUCUUGCUCAGCUCCCACCUAUACACCUAUCUAUUGAUGCUGAUGAUCUGCUUACACAUAGCAUAAGCAGAGGAAAAGAAUAAAAGAGGGUCAGCUCAUGGCUGAGUGAGACAAUCAUUGCAUCGUGAGUUCAUAACAGAGCAUACCCCUACCAUACAUCUAGCAAACAAGCAAAAGCACUAGGAUCAGACCUCAGCCAUCCGACAUCCCAAUAGGCAAAAGACUCAACCAUCUUGACUUAUGCAUAUGCAUCUUAUCCUGUUUUACUUAUAGGCGCGUGGCUACUCCCAUGCUAAUAACUCUCCCGGGAAACAUACCCCACAUCCCGUCGGAUGUAGUCAUACAUACCCCAACAUCCCGUCGGAUGUGGUCAUACAUACCCCACACCACUAUGGGUGUAGUCAUACCCCGACACCGCUCUGGGUGUGGUCAUAUCUCGUAAGAAAUCUUCAGUCACCACCACAUGAGAGGUGUGACUAUCAUACAUAUCAUAAUAGAGUAAUAGCAUAGGGAGCCCUAAUUACUAUGUAGUUUACCGUGAGACCAAAGUACUCUUACUUGAUAUCCUUAUACAUGAUCCAUAUCUCAUCUUGCUUAAUCAUAAUUCAUUACUUAGACAUGUUCUUGACCUGACCACAAUUGGCUCAACAUAACCAGAAUCGUAUAAUUCCACUUCCUCGGGAUAAACCCUCGUGCAAGUCAUCCUCCUUAAACAUCAUAAUAUCACCUUGGGAAGUUUAUUUCCCCCACUUGUGAAUCCAAAUACAACCACAUUAUCACAUCAUGUCAAAACACCUGAUCGAACAACCAUGAAGUCAUAUCAACGGUUAAGCCACAAAUGGCAACAUGUAUGCAAUCAUCAGCAUAAACAAGCUCCAUAUCGAUUAGGGCAAGUCAAUAAUAUCAUACGGCAGUCCAAGGUUCAAACAAUCGAAGUAGAGGUACAUAGACCUACCCGGGUUGAUAUUUAAACAUACUUGCCCUAUAUUGCACCCAAUUAAAGUUUAUACUUGGGCCUUAAUUGAGAGUUUUAUUGUGAUAUUCGGGACGAUUCAAGUGUUUGGCGCCGUUGCCGGGGAUCAAAUGGUCCAUUAUUUUGAAAAGAUUGUUUGGUGUUAGUCUAGCUUUUACUUUUUGUUUUUGUGUGUUUGAAUCUUGCUUGUGUUAGACGAGUUGUGGUUCUUCUAAGUUUGUGUCGGAUGAUGCUUGACCCGAAGUAAUCUGACACCUUUGGCGCCAGUAGACGAGAAUCUCAACCGCACUCUUUGACUCUUGGCUCAUGAGAGGGAGCUAGCAGAAGCAAUAAGAAUGAUAGAGGAGAGGGGACAACCACAAGUUGGUCCCAAAGUUGAAGAAGUUGUAGUUGUGGAAGAAGUUGAAUCCGAAGAGGAAGGAAGUGAAGCCGAGAUGGCGGCUAAUCAAGUAGCUCAAGCGGGAGCCGAGGAGAGGAGCAACCGCGCCCAUGGGCUACUAUAUGGCUCCGCAGGCGGCGAAUAUUUAACCUACUAUUCGGCAUCCACUCGUGGCCGCCAACAAUUUUGAGAUCUAGUCCGCCCUCGUCACCAUGAUCCAGAGCAAUGCACUAUUUCAUGGGCUUAGCAAUGAGUCUCCAAAGGAGCAUGUCUAGAGGUUCAUUGAGGUUGAAGGAAGUUUAAAGAUAAAUGGGCUUCCGGAGGACGCUUUGAAGUUGAGACUACUCCCCUACUCUCUUGCAGGGAAUGCGUCUCGGUGGCUUAACAAUAGACUAACCCUCUUAAUCACCUCGUGGGUUGACAUGCUCAACAAGUUCAUGACUCAAUGUUGUCCUCCUUCCAAGACGGAGGAGAGGCACAAGAAGAUCACUCAUUUAUAGCAAGAGGAGGAUGAGUGUUGAGGGAUGCAUGGGAGAGAUACUCUAAUUACUUCCUCCAAUGCCCACGCCAUGGAUUCGAGGAGCAAUUUUGGAUCAAGACCUUCUAUGACGGUCUCCACCAAGAGAACAAGAUUCUCAUUGACUGUUUAUGUCAAGGGAAGUUGAUGAACAAGACUCCCCGAAGUGACCGAGUUGUUCAAGGACAUGGCAACAAAAGGGUAUGAUUGGGGUUUGACGAGGAGUGGUAAGAAGAGUAUCGAAAGAGGAGUACGAAGUGUGGGAGCGAGUACUCCACUUGAAGCCAAGCUUGACCUCUUGAUUGAUGCGCUCCUAGAAGACAACAAGCAAGGGAAGUAAUCGUUGAUGUCUCGCGAUUGGUGUUCUAGUACCAAUCAUGAAAUUACGAAUUGUCAAGUAAUGAAGGAAUCAAGAACCCCCGAGGAGCAAGUGAGUUUCAUCGCCAAUGCUUGGGCGAACAACCCUUAUAGCAACACUUAGAACUCGAGGUGGCGAAAUCAUCCCAAUCUCUAUUGGUCCUCUCUUACCAACCCAAGACCCCCUGUUUUCAAGGACCGACGUGAAAUUACCAACCAAUGUCUUUUUUCAUUCAACAAAGGUCACAAUUUCAAGGCUCAAACUUCCAAAAACCAUUCCAAGCUCAAGGCGGUCAAGGGUUCCAACAACAACACGAUAAGUUUCCAAAGGUUGAAGACCUAGUGACCACCUUCAUGAGCACGAGCACUCAAAAUUUUGAGAAAAUUGAGCAAUUUAUGGAUGUGGCAACAACAAAGUUCACUUCCGUUAAGGCACGAAUGAGGAGCCAUCAAGCAAGUCUUCAAAACUUGGAUGGUGCACAUUUCAUCCCCGUUUCCCUUGGGCGUUUGUGGCAUUUGUGCUCCUUAAAGGAUGGUUUUACACUAGGUUUCUUGUGUUUCAGUGUGUUUCAGGAUCUAACAGGUGAAACCAGCCCCAGAGUCGAAAGUUGGAAGAAAAGGAGCAAAGACCGGGCAAAGAGAGUGAUUUAGGCCAUGUUCACGGUUUUCCAUUGGAGUUCACGGUCUCCUAAGGCCGUGAAAUAGAACCAUAAACCAUGA